GUAACCACCCCACCGUCUGCCCACUCAGCCUGGGGCAUGGUACAGAAGGUGACAAGCGAGGCCUCCAUCCCAGCCGUAUGUGUGCGUGUGUCUUUUGUAACUGUCAGUAUGUCGUCGUACAGUUUUCUCUGCUGAUUAAUGCUUUGAUUUGGUGAGGUGAGGAGGCCUGAAAACUUGUGGCUGGACGAAGACCAGGAGGACUUUGAAGAACCAGAACCAGGGAGGCCAGUUCUUUUCCUUCAGUUGAAUCCCAAGAGUUGAAUCUGGACCUGGUAUGAGGCAAGUGUUCUGGAUGACAAAUCAGAGGGAAAGCUGAGUUGAUGUGCUGUAAGAGAGCGCCACCUUGUUUGUGAGGGAAGAACAGCAGCGGCUAGUACACCUGUAGUGAGGUAGAGGGGAAUAUCAAACAGCUGGUUGCGGUCCAGAACUCUCUGCCAGCAGUUCAAGAGGUCUACGGUCCAGAGCUAAACUGAGACCAUGAAGGGCUUGGAGCUGCUGCUGUUUCCUCUGCUGCUUUUUCUGAAAGAUGGAAGUGCUCAGUGGAAUGUGUGGAUGCCCAGAGACAUUUCAGCCAUGACAAACUCCUGUGUAGUUCUACCUUGUUCAUUCACAUACCCCUCUGGCGUCAGGCCUUACAGGGGAGUUCACGGGAUCUGGUAUUUUGGCCAGCCCUACCCCCAACUUUUCCCUCCAGUGGUUUUUAAAUCCCGUACAGAUAUUGUUCAUGAAAGUUAUAAGGGACGAACCAAGCUAUUGGGCGACCUGACGCAGAAAAACUGCACACUUUUGAUAAAUAAUAUUGGCGUUGAACAUACUGGGAAGUACUUCUUUCGGGCAGACUUGGGUGGAGCAAACAUCUACACAUACCCUGACUCCACAAAACUGCAGGUUUUAGAUCAGCCCAACAUCGAUGUUCCAGAGGUGAUAAUCAGUGACCAGAGCCUGGACUUGACUUGCUAUGUCCCAGACAACUGUCCAGACAUGAGUCCAGAGAUACACUGGAUUUACACAGACUACCUUCCCGACCCAAUUUUCACCCCUGACAAUGUUGAAGAAAGCAACACUGCUGUAUUGUCAAGUACUCUCACCUUCACACCCAAACCCAUGCACAAUGGCCAGCUGCUGGGCUGCCGGGCCCACUACCCAAACACCACCUUUGUCUAUGAACGCAUCAUUUCUCUGGAUAUCAAGUAUGGCCCUAGAACUGUGUGGGUGAAUGUGUCUCAAGAAGUAAUGGAGGGAAGCUCAGUGGUAUUGCACUGUGAUAUAGACAGUAAUCCAGUUCCCACGAUUACCUGGUUGUAUGGAGAUAAAGAGCUGAUGUCGGAAACGGCCUCAAAUGCUUCGCUGCCCCUAGAGAACCUCACCCCAGAACAGGAAGGUGUCUAUACCUGCAUUGGUGACAAUGGCUAUGGAAGCAUGAACACUUCAAUGUAUUUGGCAGUAAAUUAUCCCCCACGAGAACCAUGGAUCAAUGAAUCGCUGACAGUAUUGGAGGGUUCUUCAGUUGCUCUCCAGUGCAUAAGUAAAGGUAACCCAAUGCCCACACUGACCUGGCUGAAGAAUGGGGAGCUGGUGGGCACCAUCACAGCAGAGGAGGGGUCUGUGCUGGAGCUGCAUGAGAUCACACCACAGACCGACGGAGUUUACCGCUGCCUAGCCGAGAACGAACAUGGCCGAGCCAGCAGCUCACUUAACGUUACUGUAGAAUUUGCUCCAGUCCUUCUGGAUGACUCUAAGUGCACUAUAGUUCGGGAGGGCGUUCAAUGUGUAUGCAUUGCCUCUGGAAACCCUGAGCCUGCGAUUGAAUUCUACCUGCCUGACCUCAAUAUUACUAUCAACCGGACCAAUAAACGCUUCAGCUACUACACGCACACAGAUGGGUACACGUCCACGGGUAUGAUCAAGCUCCGGGACAAGGGUGAAAGGGGAAACAACGGGGAUACGGAUGUCCAUGUGCACUGUAGCAUCAGCAACAUGUACGGCUCAGAGACAUUCCGCUUGGAACUGCAGCAGGAGAAAAAGUACAUGAUGGCUGUGAUUGUGGGUACUAUUGGAGGUGUAGCAGUCAUCGCCUUUAUCAUCGCAGCUGUGAGAUAUGUCAGUCACAACAAUAAAAAAGAGAAUGGUAACCCUGGGCAGGACGUGGGAUCUAAAGUGGAGAAUCCCUCAAUGUUCUACAGCGCAGUCAAGAAGGACAAACAGAGUCUCAGGAAAAAAGUGCUUAAGACUGAGCUCCUGGGCUCAAAGUUUAACUCCAUCCUAGAGGAAGGCACGGGAGACGACAGUGAUUACCAAUCUGUUGGCCCAAUGGGAGUCAUGGAGAGGCAAGAGCUGAAUUACACAGCCCUAGAAUUUCUUGGACGACACCGGGAGGGAAGCUUCAGGAGGGCUGAUGGUGAAGGCAGUGACUAUACUGAAGUUAAAGCCAAAUGAACCGCGAUUCUUCCCUGAUGCCUCGGCCAAACGGGACACGGUGGCCACUAGGGUCCAUUCAUUCCUCCUUCCCCAAUAGUUUACUAUUUCCCCCACAUUAAUGCAGCCUUGUUGAGUCAUCUCUUUGGAACACACUGCUAAAAAAAACAGCUUAGACCAGCAUUAAUUUUAUGCUGGUUUGAAACUGGUCUAGAUAUGCUAUUCACCAGCAAAAAAUGCUGGUCAACCAGCAUGGUCUUUCUGGCAUAGCUUGUUGACCAAGGGAGGUGUGCUGGUUAAGCUAGUUAAGAGGCCUGGCCUCCUGGCCUGGCAGGCACACCACAUAACAGCAUCCAAAACACAACAUAGGCUGGUCUUUUCAACAGGACACAGAUAUGAGAUAUAUAUAUAUAUAUAUAUUUAUACUGUAUAUAUAUGUAUAUAUAUGUAUAUAUAUAUAUAUAUAUGUAUGUGUGUGUGUGUGCACACUUGAUGUCCAUUCUUGACUGCAACCAUACCAUGUAUAUCUUUUUCUUCUUGUUUUUUGGAAGGAAUAACUUUAGAAAUGAGAGGUAAUAGUUUUCACCUAGUACAAGAACCUUUAAAAGGAAGGGUCUAUUUUUCAAGAGUUAGAGCACACGCCUAUUUGCAUCCGUCUAGACUCUUUUUCCAUUGUUUCCAGAUGUUUCCAUCUUUGACUGUUGACAUGAACACAUUCAGUCUGAACGGCCCCUUAUAGUUUGAAGAAAGCUUGAGGAAAAAAUGGUAUUGUUACAGGCAAGUCUCAGUUACUAGUGGUCCUUUUCACUGUGUCCGCUGUAAGUCGAAGCAUCAGGGAACAAGGCACAAUCUGUGCCUUGAUGUACUGUAUAAGCACUAACCCCAAGUCUGGGAAUGUUUGGGGGGGGAUUAACACUCUCUCAAAUACAGCGGUUGUUUCAGUCUUUUUCUGCACGUACUAGUCUACACAUAUUUCAACAUUCAUCUGCUGAUAUUCCACCCCCCACCUGAAGAAAAUGCUGAAGUGUUUUUGGGAUUUCACUGUAGAUUCAAGUUGAUACACUUUAUCUUUUCUUUACAGUUUGAUCGUAAUAUAUUCAUAUUAGUAACUGAAAACAAACCGGAACCUGGAUUUUUAUUUUUAUCUGGCACAAAUGUAUUCAGACAUAUAUUUGUAAGUUCUUUCAUUUAUCUACUCAAAUUUGAGACAUUUUCCAAGUACAGCAAGGAGCAAAAUAGGAAGUAAAGUUACUAUAAAGCGUAAUAUCUGAUGGCCAUCCCAGCCCUGAUACAAACUGCAAUCUAAUAGGGUAAAGCUGAGAUUUCAUAUCAGUAGAAAUUCAUAUUUAAUAAUUAAAUAUGCUAAAAGACUGAUUAAAAAAACUAACAAAUGAAGCCCUUUAAACAGAUAGGAAGGUAUCUCUUUACCUAAGGUGCUUGACAUAAAUGUAAUGUGUUAUGUAAUCAUGUAAUCCUCUGGCAAGGUUGUGUUCAUUUAGAAGUUAGUUAAAUGGUCAGCAUAUUUGCAUAACAUAUUAAUUAUAUUAAAUUAAUCACAUCUUAUAUCCAUAAGGCAUUCAGAUUGGCACCUUGGUAGGAUACCAAUGUAUGUAAAUACUCUGCAUGAUAUAUAGUUCUGUGUGGUUAACCUUUUGACUACACAACAGGAACAUACAUUGUGCAACAAUGGUGUAUAUUUUGCAGAAAUUCAAACACAAUGACAUCAUAUGUGCAUAUACAAUUACGUUGUAGUAACACAAACUGUCCAUGUUUGAAGAUAUAUACACAAGUGCUAUACAAGUCUUUAUUUAUUUGUAAGCAAAUGGAUUUGGGGGCACAUUUGUAAGUCUGAUUUUACACUUUGAGUGUUGUAAAGAAUAUUUGUAUGUAUCUGACUGUAUGAUGGCAAUAAUAAUGAACAAAGUAAUGUUGUCUCCUCAUUGACAUAAUAAUGCAGAAAAGAAUCUCUGAUCUUUAUUUAAAUUAGCCCAACUCAUUCAUAAUAAUUUAAAUGAUGUUCUUUGCUCGCUUUCAUUUUGUUUAAUAAAAGUCUCCAGC